AUGACCCCGACCGAUGGUCGAGGGACGCCUCCGCUGUCCGUGGGGACGGCCUCAACCGUUACCGGUCCAGCCGGUCCGGUCGCUAAGGUCAUGCAACGCAAGUUCCACAGGACCCACAAAGACGACGACUGGGAGAUCAUGCGGGGCUUGAAGCUCGGCGAAACUGUUUCGAAGGAAAAACCCCAGAAACACGAAGGUUACGUAAUGAAGCGUCGCAAAUGGCCCUUGAAAGGGUGGCAUCGUCGAUUUUUCUUCCUCGAGAACGGAACCCUAUCUUACGCUAAGAAUUCGAGUGACAUGGCUCGUGGGCGGUUUCACGGCCAGGUUGACCUUGCGGUAGCUUUCAUUUCUUACAAAGCAAAGGAACAAAGGAUUGACAUUGACGCCGACGAAUCCAUCUUCCAUUUGAAGUUGAAAGAUCCCGGUUCGUUCGACAAAUGGAUCGAGCACAUAUCCGCACAUCGGCGAUACAAGCAACAGGAGCUAUCGAAGUACGAGAAUGGGAGUCCACGCUCAUCGAAUGAACAGAGGGUUUUACAAUGGGUUCUUGACGCAUCAUCGACCCCGACGACGCUUUCCGAACGGCUUGCGAUCCUGGAGAAAAAUCUUGCCACCCUCGAAGAUAACGCACAACACAUAUACAUACGACCGCCACCCCGGAAGAAACCGCCGAGGAAACGGAGAGAAGACGAGGCUGUCGCAGACGAGGGCGUCGCGGCUCCCGCCGCCGGCCAGCCAAGCGAUGUCGAAAGUGCUGCUCAGGCUCCUGUUCCAGAAGGCGACAGACUCAGCGAGCUCAGCGGAGGUCAGGCGAGCUCCGGAUCGUCGGUACAAGACUCCUCAUCUCCGGGUCAGGCAGCGAGCGAUCCGUCGCAAAGCGCUCAGGAGUUCGUGGAGAACGCUCGACAAUUGUUGGCGAGCCUACAAGAACUCGUCGGUCAAGUGGAGAAUCAACAAAAUAAGCGGAGCACCCUGCUCCGCACCCCGCUCGUCACCGAGACCGAGAGCCUCCGCAGCUUAGUGACCACAUACAAAAGAGAAAAUGCGGAUCUGGAGGCACGUCUCGCGCAGAUUCGCAGAAUUGUCGGGUCGUCGACGCCGUCGGAGACGCCGCAGAUCGCCACCCCGGUUGCCGAGCCUCAGAUCGCGGCUUCACGUGCAGUCAGACGCCUCGUUCAGGAGGCGAGUCACGACACGUCGAGUAUGCUGUCGACAUCGGAGUUCUAUGACGCGGCCGAACAAUUGAGCGAUUGUGCUGCUUCUUCCUCCGAGGGAUCGUUCUGUUCCGAAGGGGACACCGAAGGAGAAGCAUCGGACGACGGUACCGAGUACAAUGCGAGGACGGGAGACCCCAACGGGGGUGCCAACGUCGGAACCGUUCGCACCAUGAAAACUCGAAGAACGAAAUUGCCCGUCCCGAAACCACAAAACGCCGACAACGGUCUCUGGUCGCUAUUGUAUAAGAACAUCGGCAAAGAUCUUUCCAAGGUCUCCAUGCCGGUGACGAUCAAUGAGCCGCUCAAUAUGCUGCAGAGGCUUUGUGAGGAGCUAGAAUAUAGUGAGCUGAUCGACAAAGCUGCAGAAACAAAGGAUGCCAUGGAGCGGAUGGUUCACAUCGCCGCUUUCGCGGUAUCCGGCUAUGCCUCAAGCUACUAUAGAGCUGGCCACAAGCCCUUUAAUCCGCUGCUCGGGGAAACAUAUGAAUGCAUCCGUGAGGAUAAAGGAUUCCGGUUCAUUGCUGAGCAAGUUCAGCAUCAUCCCCCGAUAUCCGCUUGUUUUGUAGAGGGACAGAGCUUCACCUUCUGGCAGGACAUUCGGAUGAAAACAAAAUUUUGGGGGAAAUCGAUGGAGAUCAUGCCAGUUGGUCUCGUUCACUUACAAGUCGCUGAUUCGCAUUAUGUCUGGAACAAAGUGACAACCUGCGUGCACAAUCUAUUCUCGAACAAUCAACGCUGGGCGGAUCAAUACGGAGAAAUGAAGAUCGAAGACAUCAACCACAAGAUAACGUGCAAGCUCACUUUCGUCAAGGCCUCAUAUUGGUCGGAUAAGAAGCACGAGGUCUACGGAUCGGUCCUCGAUGCUGCUGGAAACUCCGUCCAUCAUCUCAUGGGGAAAUGGACCGAGGGAAUUUACUGUGGUCCGGUGGCCUCGACCGCUCGCUGUGUUUGGCGACCUGGACAAAUGCCCGAAGACUAUGAACUCUAUUAUGGAUUCUCCCGCUACGCCAUGCAGCUGAACGAGCUGGACCCCGAUGAAGCUGAUAAACUCCCAAUCACGGACACGAGAUUUAGACCGGAUCAACGCCUGCUCGAGAACGGUGACAUCGCAGCGGCCGAGGCAGCGAAAGCUGCCCUCGAACAGCAUCAGCGAGAACGGCGCAAAAAACGGGAGGAGCGCGGCGAAGAAUAUUAUCCUCAAUGGUUCCGGAAAGUUUUCGAUGCGAAGGGUGAAGAGAACUGGGUCUACAACAGCCGGUAUUGGGAGACGAGGGAGAAAAUAGGGUUCAAAAAAUACAAGUUCCCGGAAAAGCUCUGGGACGUCAAUUUCGGGACAGUUUUAUCUUGAAUUCAUGAGAACAGCUAUUGGACUAGCAAUAUUUUUCGAACUUUCUAUUGGAUGACGCUCCGAAUCAUGACACACUGAUCAACGCUCUUGACGCCCACUAUACCGCUCGACACAUGACGCAGCUACCAUCGAGCAAGAACAAUGACUCUCAUCAACCAGAACAAGACAUCAACUAUUGGCAUAUCUCAGCACACAACAUCGGAUUAUUUUAGCAACUGAGUUGGUCGGGAACCGUAAGGAGGUAUCUCCGACCGUUUCAAUCCCACGAGAUAUUUUUUAUAUCGUUGACAGACUUUCAAAGUAUGUUUUCCAUGCGGCACCAUGCGAAAUCUGAGGGUCUUGAAGGCACGAACGUUUUUCAAGAUGUUCGAACUUGGAUUUCGAUCUGACAAUUUGCUUGAUGCAACGACACGACUCAUACUAUCAACAGCACAGUUCCCAGGGAGCGGGACUUCAGAUGAAUUUCCACACAAGGGUGUGGAGCGCAUCACUCACGCCAUCAGGAGCGAUUCGGUCAGGGAAGUCCGACCAAACAUUCCAGUGCUCUCAGAGCAUGGGUCGGGAUUCCCAGAUAAUAUUUUUAUUCGAUGACUUCAGCGGGGGACAUCAGGGAAUUUUCUGGCUGGCUCAGAAAAUAGAAAAUAGAAUGUUGAUACUUUACACAUGGCGACGCUUCCUCAAGACUUGAGAGCAUCCAUGAAUCCGCGCGUCGACUAAUUUUAUUUGAGCAGCGCGGGACAGAACUGUUCUCGAUGGUUAUCAGAUUUGAAUGAUAUACGCGUAUCCGCAUAAAGCUUUUAAUAAAGCGUUGUUUUU